AUGGAGGAUGCUUUUUGUGUCAAGAAAUCUCUACUUCUCCAUAGAAAGUGUAAAAGUGAACAGAAAGAACUGGUUUUACUACAGCAUCAAUUUAACGAAAUUGAUGAAUCUCUUCUUAUCAGAGGUUCUGGAUUAGAAGAUAUCAAGGAGGUUGAAAUUAGUGAAAAAUCUAAAAUUCUUAGACAAUCCACAAGUUCCGAAGGUGAAAGAGAUCUUUUAGAAAAAACUUAUUACUCUCCUGAAUCAGGAUUUUGUGGAGUCAACGAAUUGCAACGAAAAACAAAGUUACCAAUCAAGGAAGUCAAAGAAUUUCUGAAUGAACAAGAUGUUUACACUCUUCACAAACCAGCUAGAAAGAAUUUCAAGAGUCAAAGAGUCUUUGUGAAUGGAAUAGAUGAUCAGUGGCAGUCAGAUCUCGUAGAAAUGAUUCCCUACGAGCAAGAAAAUGAAGGAUAUAGAUAUCUUUUAACUAUCAUUGAUUGUUUUUCAAAGUUUGCAUGGGUAGUACCUUUGAAAAGUAAAAGUGGUAAAGAAACUGCAGAUGCUCUUUCUUCAGUCUUUACAAAGAGUAAAAGAAAACCCAAAAAGAUGCAAACUGAUAAUGAUAAGAAAGCUUCUAUUAUCGAAAGAUUUAAUAGAACCUUAAAAGAAAAGAUGUGGAAGAUGUUUACUCAUCAAGGCAAUCAUAAGUGGGUUGAUAUUCUUGAUGAUCUUGUGUUAGGAUAUAAUAAUCAUUAUCACACUUCAAUAAAAAUGACUCCCACGCAGGCUUCAAAAAUAGAAAAUGAAAGAAUUGUGUAUAAUAACUUAUUUCCUUCGAAAUUAGAAGAAGUUCUAAUAGGUGAUCCAAUUAUGUAUUCAAUAAAAGAUUUAGCAGAUGAGGAAAUUAAAGGAAAGUUUUACUCUGAGGAACUUACACUUUAUAAUAAUGUCAAAGAAGAAUAUAAAAUAGAAAAAGUUCUGCGGAAAAGAAAUAGAAAGGAAAACGCUCUUCUAUCAAUUGUUGUACUUCCAUUUAUUUAG